CUUGUUCUCUAUAAAAGGAGCCUUCCGCACCGGUCACUUCAUCUCAUCAUCAUUCCUUCCUCACUUCAUCAUCACCUUCUCUUUCAUCUUCUUCUCAAUGCGCGCCGUUUCAACUCUUGCCGGCCUGGCAGCUGUGCCACUGGUCGCCUCUGCGGCGAUUCAGAAGUCCGCUCUUCCCGUCGUCAACACCACCCUCGGAUAUGUGCAGGGCGCAUACUCCCCCUUCCGCGGCGGCAACACCGCCGUUGUCUACAAGGGCAUCCCAUUCGCCGCUCCUCCCACUGGCGAGAACCGCUGGAAGGAGCCCCAGGCGGUGCAGCCGUGGACCGGCGUCCUCAACGCGACUGAGUUCGGCCCUCAAUGUGCGCAGACUAUCAGCAGCGCCGGCAUCUUCAGUAGCGGAAAGAACACCACGAGCGAGGACUGCCUCUACCUGAACAUCUGGACGCCCAACUACAACGAGACGACCGAUCUCGCCUCCAAGAACCUGCCCGUGUACUUCUGGAUCUACGGCGGUCGCUUCGAGGGCGGCUCGGGCGACGUCAUCACCUACGACGGCACCGGUCUCGCCGCCAAGGAUAUCAUCGUCGUGACCAUCAACUACCGCCUGGGGCCGUUCGGCUUCCUCGCGCACCCGGAGCUCUCUGCAGAGUCCGGUCACAACAGCUCCGGCAUGUACGGCAUCCUCGACCAGCAGGCCGCGCUGCGCUGGAUCCACGAGAACAUCGCCAACUUCGGCGGUAACGCCAGCCAGAUCACGGUCGGCGGCCAGUCGGCUGGAUCUGCCAGCGCGCUCGACUCGAUGUGGAGCCCCCUGAACGAAGGCCUCGUGGCGGGCGUCAUCGCCGAGAGUGGUGCGCGCGGUCCUCACGACCCGAUGACCGGCAGUGCGGCGACCAGCCACCGCACCAAGGCCGCAGCUGAAGCCCAGGGCGUGGAGUUCCUCAAGGAGCUCAACGUCUCCUCCAUCGCCGAGCUGCGCACCGCCGUCUCCAUGGAUACCCUGCUCGACUACGACUCGCUUGCCGAUACCACCUUCGACGACACCCAGUUCGCCAACCUCUCCGCCUUCUUCAUGGACCCUCCCAUGUGGCGCCCCAACAUCGACGGCUACGUUCUCCCCUAUAACUACGGCCAGGCCCUCAGCCUCGGCGCCCACGCCGACGUCCCCAUCCUCACCGGUAACAACAAGGACGAGUCCGGCGCCGAGACCGACCCGGGCCUCACCGUCGCCACCUACAAGGAACUCUACAGCCAGUGCUUCCUCAACUUCUCCCAGGACUUCUUCGCCCUCUACCCCGGCCAGACCACCGCGCAGGCCAACAACAACUCCAACGCCCUCUACCGCGACAUGAGCCGUGUCGGCACCUGGCAAUGGGCCCUGGACUGGGCUGCCGGCGGUGCCAAGAGCCCCGUCUACACUUACUACUUCACGCACACUCCCGCUGAGAACCCGUCUUCUGGCGCCUACCACGGCUCCGAGCUCUGGUACACCUUCAACAACAUCCCGUACUCGGAUUACUCGGAUGUCACUUGGCAGCCCGCUGACUACAAGAUUGAGUCUCGUAUGUCCGACUACUGGGUCAACUUCAUCCGCAACGGAAACCCCAACGGCGACGGCUUGCCUGAGUGGCCUGCUAGCGGAGAGGAGAAGCAGACUAUGUGGUUGGCUGAUAGCUGGGGUGUGGGCCCUAUCUCCGAUAGUGAGGAGCGGAUUGAGUUCAUUGAGAGUUGGUUUGCGACCAUGCCCCAGUGGUAGGUGCAUUUUUUUGGACUUCCUUGAGUUGUAUUGAUGUCUUGACCUUCUCUUCGGGGUCUCUCUUUCUGUCUGUAUAGAGAUCUGGAUCUUGGUGUGUUUUGCUUCACUUCUUUUCACUCAUUUGCCUGUUUAUGUCUUGCAUAUUGCAAAGCCUUUACAUAUUGUAUAUUAGAGAUACUCAUUGAAUAGAAUUUGUAUCCUAUUGACCACAUACCCGGUAUUUUG